UAUUUUUUUACCCUCAACAUCGGAAUAAACAGAGCUGGAGAUGAUGAGCAGCUUUUCUAGAGUCCGUCAGCUGCUUGCGGUGCUGCUGGCUGCUGCCGUGGCAACGGCCGUGGAUCCUUCCCACAACCUGGCCAGCGAGAGAAGUUCGAUCGAAAGCACAUAUGAACUGACCAAAUACCUGGAGUACCAGCUCAAGGAAAUCAAAGACGUAUAUCUGACAUAUCUGGGCCCGCCGUUCAAUGAGAAAGACUUCUCUCCUCCUCGGCCCAACAGCACGGCUCUGACUCUGCCGAGUGCCGCCACCCGACUGGAGCUGUGGCACGGCCUGGAGAACCAAGCCCGACUCGCACAGAACCAGAGGGCCUACUCUAUCCUGCUGGCUGCUGUCAGAGAGCUGGCCCGCUCCACCCUCUGCCCGUCCCUCAAAACAUCCCUGCUGCACUUCUGCACAGGCCUGGAUGGACUUCUCGGCUCCAUUUCCGCACUGAUGAACUCCCUCGGUUACUCGUCCCCCCCUCAAGCUGCGGCUGGCGAGCUGCAGUUCCCGCAGAGGGGCACGGGGAGCAACCGGCCUGCUCCGCUCAUGAGCCAGAGCCUGUACCGAUCCAGAGAUGGGUCAAGGACAGAGGCCAGUCAGCGUGGCAGCCAGAGAAGAAGUCGGAUAAAGAUGGUCAGAGAGAGGGAAGACGGCGACCAGAUAGAUAGAAGAAGAGGGAGAACGGGGAAGAAAUCGGAGGCAACCACUGCUGUGGGGCGGAGUGGUGGACAGAGGGAGAAGGGAAGAGGAGAACGAGUGAGAAGAGAGGAGAGGGAAGAGCAAGAGGAUGUGCAGGAGCUGAAGGAAGAGGUGGAAAACUGGGGCAGAAGGAGAAGGUUGUUGAGUAUAGAAGAGAAUGAGGAUGAGAAGGACAGGGAGACUAAAAUCAGAGUUGAAGUGUCGUAUCUGGGCUCUGGAGAAACCAUAAACCAUCAGGAAAUGAACAACCAGUACAGCUUCAGUCUGAACUCAGAUCACCGAGACGCCCUCAGAGAUGACGGAUUUAUUUUAGAAACAAACAGCAGAUUCGUUUUAAAGGGAGAAAAGGACACAGAUAUGGACUCGGCCUCCUCUUCCUCCUUCCAGCACCACCAACGGCAUCCUCGCUCUCUUCUCUACCCCACCCUCCCGCCUCCUCUCUCCACGCUCUCGCUCCUGUACCAGUUCGGAGUGGGUGAGGAGCACACCCUGCUCCCCCAGCCUGUCCCUCUUUCUCUACAGAGGGGCACCUCCCUUCUCUCUCCUCCUCUGAGUCCACUGCUCUCCUCUUCGUCCUCCUCCCCGUCCACCUCCUCGUCACUCCUGGCAGCUCGGCCAACGAUGAACGAUUUUGCAAGGAAGGUGGAGGGCUUCUGGAUCCUGCGAGAGCUGCAGAGCUGGCUGUGGAGAUCAGCCAAGGACUUCAACCGUCUCAAGAAGAGACUCCGAGGCUGAGACGUUUAGGCCGCCCGGACAAGGAGACAAAGACUCAUAAAAGUACAGCAAGGCGGAAAUCUAUUGUUUUCACAAAGUCUGAGAGGAAGCAACCGAGAUCUCUCUAAGCACAUUACCACAUCUAUACUGAACACAUCCAUUCAUCCCAUACUGGAACCAGUGGAUAAAGGACUUUUUUGGUUGGUCACCAUUCCUGCUACUGGAACAUAAAGCACACAAAGCCAUGACAAGACUGUUCUGACCGCACAUUGGAGGUUAUUGAGAUAAACUCACUGAGACUGGGUCUGAGUUACCGGACUUCACAGCUCAUAGAUCAACAGAAAAACCACUGUAGGUGGUUGGGCUUGAACAACACAGACACGCAACGCAGCCUGGCCGGGUGACCGGCAGCGAGACAGACAGUGCACUCAUUGUGCACAAGCUGAUUCAGUGACCUCACAUGUGUGAAUCAGCAAAUAUCCACUUUCUCUAAAGGAAGAAGGAAAAAAAAUAUGAAUGGGCAGAAGACAAGAGGAGGAGGAAAAAUGCCCAGAGGAACGAUUGAGGCAGAGAGGAGGCAUGAGUCAGGGAGUGAUCACGUCUAGUAACCAGCAGAAGGGUAUUGCUGAGUAAUUAUUGAGGAAAUUGUAGUUUACCGUAAUCGCACAACAGAACCACACAUACAGUCCAAGCUGAGCGGCGAAACACAUUUUUUGCCUCUGUUUUAGAUUUGGUGCUCACAACUUAAGCUUUAAUCUACUCAGAUAUCACCACUUCUUAUAGUCUCCAGAAUUUAAAGGCUAAAAAUAAAAACUUAAAGCAUUCUUGCAGUUCUGCUGCAUCAUAUUUUAAAUUAGUGGAGGCCCUUUCCCUUACAAUAACUUUUAUCUUAUCAAAAAUAAAAUAAAUACAGAUCUUUUUUGGCCAACCUAAUUGGGAAACUAGUGACUAUUUAACUACAUUAGUUAACUACUACAGUGGUUAAUGUUAAAAGGCAAGUUCAGACCUUUUAGUUUUUGUUUAUUCAGAUGAUAUUUGUUUGUGCUUUGAUAAAAUUAACUUAAUUUUUCUGUUGUAAAAAAAACAAAAUUUUUCCCAAGUUUCAAAUGAAACUAUUUCAUCAUAUCAGUUUUGCUAAACUACAUCUUAGCACUUUUUUUAUAAAUAGUAAAAUCCAGAUUUUCAGAAAGCCCAAGAUUUUUUUCCUAUUCAUUAAUGAAAAAAAACUACAAAAAUCUCUUUCAAAUGGUUUAUUUGGCAUGUGGUUUUUUUAAAUGCUACAUGUGCACAAACACACUAAAAUCAAAAACUGUAAUAUCUAUAUUUUAGCUAAUUGUUUACAUUACAGGACCAGAACUUGCUAACUGAAUUGAUUAGCUACAUGCAGUAUUAGUCUAUAUUUCUCCUUCCUGUUGAGCUUCUAAAUGCAUAUGCCAUUGCAUCUGUAGCUAUUUGCAAACAAAGUGUUAGCACACCAAAGCUGACACAUUCUUCUAGUCUGCAAAAUUUGUAAAAUUAUGUUCACUAGAUCCUACUUAGGGAAACUGCAAGCAGUGAUAGCGAUCAAUAAACUUCAAUAAACAAAGCUUGUCAAAAAGUUUUGUUUAUUCAAGGGGAAUGCAAAAAAACAGAUUACAAGAAAACUCAUAAUAUUAAUCCAGCAUUCAACUUCUAUUCUUACAAAUAAACAUGCAUCUUACAUAAUCUCCCUUUCUAAAGAACAACUAAAGUGGUUAGAUGUUUAGAGCAAUGCACCCAGUAAAUACACGCAAAUAUUAUUAAUCGAACAUAUCUUAAAUUGACUUAUUUUUAGCUGCACAGGAUUGUAGAGAUAUUGCUCAAGUGUAGCCCAAUAAGGGGUUUCAAAUAACUUGUCCUUCAUUUUGCCCCGUGGCACUUCAGAGUUUAACAGCUGGAGUAUUUAAGCCAUAUGCUGGAAAGAAAAACUGAAGUAAAUCAGUGAACUCAAUGCCUUAUGCCUUCAACUAGCCUUCAGACUGGAUCACUUAAGACACAUGCUUGUGCCAGGUGUUAUGACAGCAAGUUCAAGACAUGCUCACCACUCUGAUAUUCACUUUUCAAAAUGUUGAAGUAAUGCUGUAAGUUGGCUUCACAUUCCUAAACUCAAACCACUCAGCUUUCCCUCCAAGCAAGUUAAAACAUUUUGUUUUCAGAAUAAAUUUGUCGUCAUGUGUUUGAAAUGUGCGCUGUUAUGGCCAAAGGUUACGGAUCAUAUUGCCAUUAUUUAUUGAACAAAAAUGUUUAUUUAUUUUUCCCUGUGUGAUAAUACUGUAUUGUAACUUGAGAGAGAAUAAAUACUAGGUUUUGUA